CCAAAGGUUUAAGGCCACCACAGAGAUUGUGAGGAAAGCGAGGACAAAGAUCCGUGGCCUUGGGAAUUGUUUUGACACAAAGCUGUCCAUUUCAGGAAUUACGGAAAUUAUAGCAACCAACAAUCAUGCCAUCAUUUUUGCUGGUCCUGCUGUUGCUGCUGCUGCUCUUCACCCUUGUUAUCUCUGGCCUUGUAUACUUUUAUUUCAUCCAUGGUGUUGGGGAGAACCCCUUUCACCAGCUGAUUUUGCACUCGCCAAAGCCGAUCGUCACUGAUGUGGAAGCCCGGAAAAAGAUCCUCAAGAAAGCUUUCUCAAAGGAUAAAGUACCUUCCAAUUUAGAUGCGAUUGUUAUCGGAAGCGGCAUCGGAGGUCUGUCUGUUGCAGCAGUUUUGGCAAAGACAGGAAAACGAGUGUUAGUGCUGGAGCAGCACAGCAAAGCUGGAGGAUGUUGUCACACCUACAAUAAGAAGGGCUUUGAAUUUGAUGUUGGCAUCCAUUAUGUGGGAGAAGUGGAUGAGAAGAGUAUUGCACGAAUGAUCAUAGACCAGCUGACGGAUGGGCACCUAGAUUGGGUUCGGUUAGAGGAUCCCUAUGAUAUUAUCACCUUGGGAGACAAGGAGUAUGAACUCUAUUCUGGCAAGGAAGCCUUUGUGAACCAGUUGGAGAGACAGUUUCCAGGGGAGAGAAAGGCCAUCGAAGAGUUCAUGAGACUAUCAAAGAUUACAACAACACAUAUGCCUUUGCUUGCCAUGCUGAAGAUGAUUCCCUUAUGGCUAUCUACAUUCCUGAUUCGAUGGGGCCUCAUCCAGUGGAUCUCCCCCAUUUUCAAAUUGACAUGUUCCAGCCAAAGCAAGAUUGUAGAACAACUGACUACAAACAAGGACCUGCAAGCCAUUUUCAGCUACUUCUUCUAUGGAGUUCCUCCAAAAGACUCCAGUUUCCUCAUGACUAGCAUAUUGGUUCGUCAUUAUCAGCGUGGUUCAUGGUACCCUAAAGGGGGCCCUAGCGAGAUUCCUUUCUGCAUCAUCCCUGUCAUUGAGAGAUCUGGAGGUGCUGUACUAAUGAAGGCACGUGUGAAUCAGAUCUUGCUCUCAGAGAGUGGCAAAGCAAUAGGGGUGAGUGUACAGAAAGGACAGGAUGAAGAGGUGAAAAUUUAUGCUCCUAUCGUGAUCUCAGAUGCUGGCAUUUACAAUACCAUGGCGAACCUCCUGCCUCCUCAGAUCAGAAGCAAACCAGAGAUCCAGUCCCAAAUUGACAUGGUCCAGCACAGCAUGGGUUCCUUCAUUGUCUUUGUGGGCCUUCGAGGGACCAAAGAAGAGCUUGGUCUCAAGUCAAGCAACUAUUGGCUUUAUCCAAGCAAUGAUCUGGAUACUUUGAUGACUACAUAUUCUGAUAUACCCAAAGAAGAGGUGAGCAACAACAUUCAGAUGAUGUACAUUACCUUCCCAUCAGCCAAAGAUCCCACUUAUGAAGAAAGACACCCAGGUUGCUCUUGUAUGUCUAUCAUCACUAUGAUUCACUACAAGUGGUUUGAAGAGUGGUCUGAAGGCCGUGUGAGGAACAGAGGGGCCGACUAUGAUGCCUUUAAGAUGGAGAUUGCUCAGCAAAUCCUAGAUAAGACUUUGGAGAAAUUUCCACAACUCAGCGAUAAGAUUGAAUUUAUGGAAGCUGCUACCCCUCUCAGCAACCAGUACUAUCUAGCUGCUCCUCUGGGUGAAAUGUAUGGUGCAGAGCAUGAUAUAAUCCGCUUUAGCCCACAAGUUAUGGCUGCCAUGAGAGCAACGACUCCCAUUCCGAAUCUCUAUUUGACAGGUCAAGAUGUUAUGUGCUGUGGCUUACUCGGCGCUCUGAAUGGGGGACUGAUUUGUGCCAGCAGUGUGCUUGGACGCAACGUUUUCAUUGACUUGCUGCGACUGAAGAGAAAACUGAACAGGCUAAAUCACAAGAAAGAGAACUAGUCUUUUCAGCCAUGGACACCCUUUCAAGGAAAAGAAAAAGUGGGCUGGGUGUAAAAGCUGAUCCUUGCAGGAUCAGAUUGAAGGUUGAUUUUCUCCAGUAUUCAGUUGAAUUCCUCUAGGGAUCCCACAAGCAGGCCAUGAGGAGGACAGGAAUUCUCUCCUACUGUGGUUCUCCAGAAAGAUCCUGUUAAGAUUCCUCCUGCUUCUAGUCCUGUAGACAGUAUAUAGUCUAGCAUACUAAUAUGUUAUAAGACCUAAAAUAAUAUUGCUAAGUAUUGAACAUAAGCUGCUAUAGGACCCUUUUUGAAGAGAGUGCUAAAAAUUCUGAAAAGGCAGACAGACAGACAGAUCAGAAGCUAAUUAUUUAACCUCUGUGGCAUAGUCUGAUUUCCUUUUAUAUUCUGUCUGAGUUGGUCACCACCACUACAUCUUAGUCUGGGCAAAUUACAUCAUUUAUUGUGUGCUCUAUGAAUAAAUAAACACAUCAGAUCUUUCACUCUGUUGCUUUUUUAAAUUUGAAAAGGGAAUAGGGAUGACAGACGCUGAAAUGUAAAAGAUGAUGAGUACACUUGGAAGUAUCUCAAAGCUUCCACAUUGUUCUCCAAGUUGGUCAUCCUCACUGGGCAAUUGUCUCUCAUGAUCUGUGUUUGCCUUCAUGAUGCUGACCCCCAAUAAAUGUAACUUAAAACCACA